CAAACGGAGGAGGAUCAUCGAGGGCUUUCUUUGACACGCGCAAACUCGCUCGGUCGCAUGCCAUGAUGUAGGCUGCGCUUGAUCACUCGAUCACUCACUCGUACUGAUAAGAGAGUCCUUGACCCUUCGGUUUGUAUCCUAAGACCGUGUGACUUGUUCAGAACUUUGCAUCGCUCACUACCGCGAAACCCCUCUGGCACCGGUUCUUUACUUGCACCCCUCAUCCGCACUCGUACACGCAUUUGUACUCCCAGAACAUUCUAUACAAUAUGAGCUUCAAGCCAGCGCUGAUCGUGGUGGACGUCCAAGAGGACUUCUGUCCUCCGAAGGGCGCCCUGGCAGUAGGAGGCGGGCGCGACAUCGUGCCCGCCAUUAACAAGCUCCUCGCCAUGCCAUUCACGCUCAAGGUUGCGACCAAGGACUUCCACCCGCAGAACCACGUCUCCUUCGCCUCCAACCACGCCGCGCCAAACAACAAGCCGUUUGAGUCGAUCGUCACCAUCAAGAACCCACUCAAUCCGAACGAAACGCAGAAGACAAAGCUAUGGCCAGAUCACUGCGUGCAAGGGACAAAAGGCGCAGAGCUGUUGCCAGAGCUGGAUGUCAGCAAGGUCGAUCGCAUCGUGGAGAAGGGCAAGGACUCGCGCGUCGAGAUGUAUUCAGCAUUUGCAGACCCGUUCCAAAACCCCUGCGUUGCCAACAGCGGGCUAGCCGAGAUGCUGCGAGGUGUAGGUAUCACAGAUGUCUAUGUGGUAGGACUGGCUGCGGACUAUUGUAUCAAGCACACGGCGCUUCACGCGCAAAAAGAAGGCUUCAAGACGUGGGUCGUAGGCGAGGCGACGAGAGCAGUAGACCCGUCAUCGAUGGAAGAGGUUCACAAGGAGUACGCGAAGGUUGGUGUUACCGUCGUAGGAAUGGACCAUGUGGUGGUGCAGAAGGUGAAGGGCCAGUAGUCACGGCACUGGCGGAUAGUUUGGAAACAAGUCGUAGUGAAUACUUGAGCGACUCAUCAACGAAUAAAGUCGCAAGCAUAUACGAAGAGAGCCCAACCAACCGUGCGUGAUCCGAAUCGUGCCGCUGGCCGUCCAAGGAUUGCGUUUGAGUGCCGAUUGCGGGG